CAUUGUGUCGAGGUAGAAUCGAAAUCUUCACCUUAAUGGACUUGUGUGGACUUUUCUGACAAUUGCUCGAAACUGAAACUUCAUUUAAUCGCUGUUAUCCUUCCAUAAGAGGGCUCUGUAGCCAAUUUUACCUACCAGGUGAUAGUCUGCGAGACAUCCUGCAACUUUGGCAAAAGCGGAAGUGAUCGAAACAUUCUCCAUGGAAGAGGAUUCGGAACGAGAACUAAAUUUCGAGUUUCGAAGUUUUUUGUUUCAAAUUGGAAAGGAAUUGACAUCGCAAGACCUCGAACAUUUAAAGUAUAUUUUAAAACCAUAUGUGUCAUCCGCUCAGUGCGAUGGAAUGAAAGUUUGUCCGUUUUUUGAUGAAUUGAAAAGAAGGUGUCUACUCAGCCCGACCAAUUUAACUGUGUUGAAAAAAGGGCUCGAUACAAUAGGGCGACAAGAUCUUGUGGACAAAAUAGUACAAAAAGAACAGUACUUUGCUACGUUUUCAAGUCCAAGUGGUGGAACAAACUUGGGAACGUACGAUUUUGACACAGUGAGUCCAGAUGGCAUUAUAGAUGAAAGACACAAUGGAAAAAAGAGUCCUGAUUUGCAAAAUAAGUUGUUGCAAAUGAACUCAUCAAGUGAAGAUGCAAUAACAAUUGAGGAAGUCUCUGCUGUAUUACCUAACAGCAACCAUCAUGACAAACUAUCAGAGCAAAAGAAAGGAAAGACAAAGAAAACACAAGCUGAUCAUUCACUGAAAAAGGAGGAGGACAUGGAUUUCUCACAUGAUGGGUCCAUUAACUUACACAACAAUGAACAGACAACGAGUGAUGAAGCAGCUAGAGACAAACUCAUGGAAUCUCAUUUAACAGAACCAGGAGUUACUGGUGUAGAUAAAAAAAGCACAUUAAAAAAAUCUCCAAAGGAGCCUUGUGAGGAUGAGAUCCUAUACUGUAAUGAUCCAGAGGAAUUUUGUAGUGGCAAGGCUUCCAACACUGGUUUACCUGAUGAAAAACUGCCCAGCAUGUCUUCAAAUAAUCUGGAUAGUGAUGUUGUUACUGAUGGUACUGAAAAUGGAGAGGAAUCUGCUGCAGAAUCCAAUGCUGAUGGAGAGAAAUCUGAAAAGAAAAGUGUAGUAGAUGAUCUUGGAGCACGUCCAAAAGAGAAAAAAGCAAAAACUGCAGGACCAUCUGAAACUGACAAAGAAAAGGCUAUGGAAGUGGAUGACACAGUUACAGAAACCAAUCCUCAUGGCACAUUACAUUUUGCAAGUGGGUCAUCGGAAGACUAUGUAUUGGUUCCUCCUGAGAUCAAAAGUUCUAAAGAACCCACAGAAAGUGGGUAUUCUAAUCCGUCAUCUCCUGUUGGAACUGUUCAUGAAGAAGGAAGUGGGUCCAACUUAAACUUUAGUGAUGACAGUGCUGUGACGUCAAAAAAAGGACCAAAGGUACCCCUGCCUGGUUCAGCCGAUGGGACACACAUCAGCAUGAAGCUACCUAAGCACUACCCUGGUACAGAUGGUUUCUCUACUCCACCUUCAGGCUUUGGGACACCCAUGUCCACUUGCCAUUCUCAUGACAAAAGGCCUUUGUUAUCAGAUGAGGAAGAACCAUAUGAAUCAGAACCUGCCAGCAUGGGGCUACCCAAGUUCCACCAUCCACCUGGUGUUUUCUCAACUCCUCCACCUUCAGUGUAUGGAGGUUCUAUGUACAGCGAUCAUGCUUCCCCUGGCUCCAGUAGUCAUUCUGGUGCAGAACUGAUGGAAAUUGCUGCAGCAAUGGGGGUCAACUUUUCUGCCCAACAACAUCCCCAACAAUUGAGUCUUCAGCAACAAAUGGCAUUACUUCAACAGUUAUUAGCUUGUCAAGAAAGUUUGAGUGGACCUAAAGGAUUCACUAAUCCAGGACAACGGCCACCUGUGCCCAACAGCCAAACUCCCCCUUCUACAGACUUAACGGUGGGGGUUGAUUACUAUUGCAAAGAAGGCUAUUCUGUGGCGGUAACUAAAGGCCACCUCAUUGAAAGCACAGCUGACAAAGGCUUGGUCUUGAUGGAGAGUGGAACGCAGUUCUGUAUUGUUGUUGGAAAUGAAAAUGAUCAUGCUGCUGAGGUGGACAUAACUUUUGGUGGACUGUACCUUGGUGUUUGGGCAUUAGAAGCAAAGCAGUCAGUAUCCCGUAACCCUCUGGUGAUUGAAGGUUCCUCCUGGGCCAAUGGAAGGUUGAAGUUCUUUAGUCAUGCAGAUGAGAACAAAGCCAAUCCUAAUGUAGACAUCUAUGGUAAAACUCCAGCACUUAAUGGUUCCAUUGAGCUGGAGUUCAAACCUGAAGUUUACGUGUUAAAAAUAUUUGCACAGCAUGUACGAAAUCAAAGUAAAAAUGAAGGCCUCAUUCCAGUGUCAGUAGCUUUUUCCAGUACAACAACUGUUGAUGACUUGAAACAGGAAAUCAGCAGAAAGUGGAACUCCAGGAUCUCCUGCCUGUUGAAAGGUGGCAAAAUGUUAGAAGAAGGAAAAACCAUCAGCUCAUAUGCUUUGAGCAAAGAUGAGGUGAUUCAAGUCGUCAAUACUGAAGAGCAACUGAAGAUUGAAUCAAGUGGGAGGGACCCAAUUAUCAUGAAAGUAGAUCCACUAAAUGUUUCUUUGGAUGAUGUUAAAUGUUUCAUUGCUGAUAAUAUCAAAAUUCCUCCGCAUGAGCAACUUUUGAGGUUCAAGGGACAAGAUGUGGACAUUGAAUGUAAAACACUCACCCGUAUGCUUUUGACAUCAAAGGAGAUACCCGAGGUGAAGGUUUUAAAGGACAGGAUCAUUAAUAUUGAUAUUGGAAGACCUGAUGGAAGUUAUAAGAAGAUUGAAAUCAACUGGUUUGCUACAGUUCAGGAGCUUAAGGAUAGGCUGGAAGAAAGGGGCAUCUGUGACAGCAGUGUUACCCUAAAACUUGAUGAGAACAACAAAGAUAUAAGUGGGGUGGGCAACAGGAAACUGGUUGACUUGGGUUUGAGAAACAAAUCCAAGAUAAAUGUUUCAGAAACAACCCGUGGCACUCACCGUGGAUUCAGCAUGAGUUCUUUCAGUGGGGGCUCCACACGAGGAUUUGGAAUGAAUCUUCGGGGAUUUGAUGGUUUGGUCAAGCCAACUGUAGCUUGUCUUAGUGGGAUGAGAGGAUUUCCAGAUUCAGCAGGGACCCGUGCUGGAGGCAGUAUGACAAGUGAAGCAGCUUACGACUGUCUUGGAGAUGAUAGGGAGAAUGGUAUUGCUAUGCUUUGUGGAGAUGAAGAAAGCGUUUUCAAACAAUUCCAAGUUGAUGAUUAUGAGAAAAAAUUUUCCAAGGAGAAGGCUGUUACCCUUAUCAUUCAGCUUAAAGCCAAGAGUAUGGGUGCUACAGGAGGUGCAACCUCUUCACAGCCUUACAUUCCAUCAGGAGCUUGCUCAGGGACAACAGGACCAAGGUCCACUCCAUGCCCACCUCCAGUACCUGACUGAAGAUGUUGCAGACAUGUAAUGGAGCCUUUUGAGGAGCUGUGCUACAUAGUGAUUACUCAAACAGCUGUAAGGCUGUCAAAUGUAGAUUUAUGCAUCAGUCAAAGUAAACCUGACCCUCCCCCCAUUCCUUACCCUGGGAUAUGUGGGGCCUUGGUAAGGAUUUUGUGCAUUAUUGGCAGCCCUCUGUGUCCCAAGAUGGUGGGGAAUGAUGUAUUUUGUCACUAGUCUGGGAAAAUGUGAGGCAUUGGUUGCAAUCGGAUUCAAAUGAAUAUGUAAGAUUGAGGCUUCUCUACCUUACAGAUAUUUGGGGAUUCUUCGAUGGCAGGAUUUCUCGGUAGAAUAGUGCUGUAAUGUAUUUUAAUUUCCACUAAAUAUGGAAUAAAGUGUAGCUGCUCACAAACUUAUCAUAUUAAAAUCUGCAGCAAAUUGGCAUUAAUUGUGAAUUCAACUGCUUCGUGAAGUCAGCCAAUUAUUUAUUUAACCCAUAUUUUCUGCAAAACUUCCCAACAUGGUGGCACUUGUCAGGUUUUGUUUGCUUUUCAGAACCAAUCCCCACCUAUAUCCCAGAGUGGGGUAGAAUGGGGUGGAGGGCGAAGGAGGGUGGGGGGGAAAGAGGUUUUUACAGUGGCCUACAAGUGCACACCGAAUUGAAAAACUCUACGCCAAAUUCCAAAUGCCCACACUGAAUUCUAAAUCUCCACACCGAAUUCUAAAUCUCCACACCGAAAUCUAAAUCUCCACACCGAAUUCUAAAUCGUCAAACCGAAUUCUAAAUCUCCACGCGGAAUUCAAAUUGUUCACACCGAAUUCCUAAGAUCUGGGAGACUGGACCGAUGGGUACUUCUAAGGUAACAGCCAUUGCAAGGUACUUCUAAGGCAACGACCUUUGGGUACUUUUAAGGCAACAGCCGCUGACCUAUAAAUUCCCUGAUCGGCAUGGAGAUUUAGAAUUCUGUGUGAGCAAUUUGAAUUUGGUGUGGGCAUUUGGAAUUUGGCAUAGAGUUUUUCAAUUCAGUGUGCACUUGUGGGCCACGGUAGGUUUCAGUUUACUUUUACUGGUGCACAAAUGUAGCAGCAUUUUGCCAUGAGAACUGCUAUAAAGCUGUGCUAUGUGUUUUGUGUAUCCAACAGCUUAGAGUAUAGCAUAAUAGCACAGUACAUAAUUAGAUAGUCAACCUCCGCCCUGUUGGUGAAUGAUACUCAUGUGGGUGAAAUAGCUUCAAAGCUGAAGCUUGCUGCAGAACAGACUCUAAUCAGAGUUCCCUGGCUCUGAAUAUAAUAUGUCACAUGCAACAGUGGUACAUGAUGUUUAUUUUUUGUGGAGCUUAGUAUAAUCUGAUGAUUUGAUGAACACAUCUGUCACUAAAUGUCAGGAAGGUCCCUUUACUUGAUAUUAUGUACUGCUUGUAGGAGAAGUCAAUUAGUUAUUAAGCAAAUUCUGCUGACUUUCAUAAGAGGAAGUAUCAGUCCAAGGAACAGCAGAUUUAAAGGGUUACGGUAGUAACUUGCGCUCAAGUGAUAAAAGGGUGAACAAUUAAGGAUAAAUUUUUGGACACUUAAGGUGGCUGAACACAGCUUUUGCGCGUGCUUUUGCUGAUGGUAUGCACACAAGGAUUGCAAAAAACAAACAUGCAGUCAAUAGAGCAGUCAUUUUAUUUACUCAACACAUACCUGCACUAUC